AUGCAACAAACAUAUUUUGCUGAAGAUAUUCGUCGUGUAAAAAAAGGAGUAGAAGGUCAAGGUGUUUGCAAAUUUCUCAACCCUUUUUGUGAAACGUUUGGGUACAACUUGUUAAAGGUUGGUGGACGUCAAGAACUAGCUUCGCUACCUCAAAUGCAUCCUGUAUUACUAGCCAUAGAAGCUAUAUUUAAUUCACGACCGAUAGCUCCACUUUCUUCUGAUCCAAAUGACUGUAAGGCUUUGAUACCUGCACAUUUCAUCAUUGGUAACUCAUUAAAGGCUUUACCCGAACGCGCUAUUGUUGCUGAAAAUGAUAUAAAUCAUCACGAUGAAUGGUCGUGCAUUAUCGCAGUGAAGCAACGUUUUUGGCAUCAAUGCUCUCGAGAAUAUUUGAGUGAGUUGCAGUCUCGUACUAAAUGGGUCCGUGAUCAACCAAACAUUCAGGUUAAUGCAUUAGUGAUCACACACGAAGACAACAUGCCACCACAACAUUGGAUAACUGGCAGAGUAAUUUCAGUCAUCCCAGGCAAAGAUAAUCGUGUGAGAGUCGUUGAGGUGAAGACGCCAAAGUGCAUUAUGCGACGUCCCAUUCAUAAGUUGGCACUUCUUCUAGUAUGA